GUGAGUUGAGCUACAGGAGAGAAAAGUGGAAAACUACAACACUGCUGCUUCAACCUGCUGACACUCCACACACUGAAGCUUCACUCAGAGACAAAAUGGCUUCCAGAUCAGAGGAGGAUCUCUGCUGUCCGGUCUGUCAUGAGGUCUUUAGAAAUCCUGUUCUUUUGUCAUGUAGCCACAGCUUCUGUAAAGACUGUCUGCAGAGAUGGUGGAUGGAGAAACCAACACUGGAGUGUCCACUUUGUAACAGAAGAUCUUCAAGGGAUGAACCACCUUGUAACCUGGUGUUAAAGAACCUUUGUGAUCCAUUCUUACUGGAGAGAGAUCAGAGGGCUUCAGAGGCUCUCUGCAGUCUGCACUCUGAGAAACUCAAACUAUUCUGUCUGGAUCAUCAGCAGCCAGUGUGUGUUGUCUGUCUACAUUCAGAAACACACUCCAACCACAGAAUCAGACCCAUCGAUGAAGCUGCACGACAACACAAGAAGGAACUUCAGGAAACUCUGGAGCCCUUAAAGGAGAAGUUAAAGGGUUUUGAUCAAGUUAAAGUGAAGUUUGAUCAGACAGCAGAACACAUGAAGCUCCAGGCCCAACACACAGAGACGGAGAUUAAGGAGCAGUUUAAGAAGCUUCACCAGUUUCUAGAAGAGGAAGAGGUGGCCAGGUUGGCUGCACUGUGGGAUGAAGAGGAGCAGAAGAGUCAGAGGAUGAAGGAGAAGAUGGAGGCUCUGAGCAGAGAGAUAGCAGCUCUUUCAGACGCAGUCAGAGCCACAGAGGAGCAGCUGAGAGCUGAAGACGUCUCAUUCCUGAUCAACUACAAGGCUGCAGUGGAAAGAGUCCAGCAGCGCCCCCUGCUGGAUGAUCCACAGCUGCUCUCAGGAGCUCUGAUAGACGAGGCCAAACACCUGGGCAACCUGAGCUUCAACAUCUGGAACAAGAUGAAGGACAUGGUCUCCUACACUCCUGUGAUUCUGGACCCAAACACUGCUAAACCCAACCUCAUCCUGUCUGAAGAUCUGACCAGUGUGAGACGAGUAAAGAGACAGCAACUUCCUGAUAAUCCAGAGAGGUUUGAUAAAUACUGCUCUGUCCUGGGCUCUGAGGGCUUUAACUCAGGAACUCAAUGCUGGGAUGUUGAGGUUGGAGACAAUGCAGCCUGGGUACUGGGUGUGUUAGCAGAGUCUUUCCAGAGGAAGGGAGAAAUAGAGUCUGGAUUAUGGAGAAUAAUGUUGCAUCAAGGUAAAUACUCAGCAUGGUCAGCACCAGCUCCAGCCACUGAUCUCGUAGUGCAGAAGAAGCUCCAGAGGAUCAGAGUGACUCUGGACUGGAACAGAGGAAAGCUGUCGUUCUCUGAUGCUGAUACUAACACACACAUACACACCUUCACACACACUUUCACUGAGAAGAUGUUUCCAUACAUAAACACUGGGGAUGAAGUCCCACUGAAGAUAUUACCAGUGAAGGUGUGUGUGACAGUGGAGCAGAGCAGUUAG